UCUGGUACUGGGAAGACAGGAGGAAGGAUCCAUUGGCAACAAUCAUGGCAGAGGCAGAGACUCGUCAGAAGCUGCUGCGCACCGUGAAGAAGGAGCUGCGGUGGAGGCGUGCGUUCUGCACGGGCUGAAACGGCGAGCAGCUGGAUUUCUGCGAAGCAACAAGAUCGCAGCCCUGUUCAUGAAGGUGGGGAAAAGCUUCCCUCCAGCUGAGGAGCUUUGCAGGAAGACCCAGGAGCUGGAGCAGGUCAUGGAGACCAAACGAAGUCAAAGCUUACAAAGUCAAGACAGUCUUCGGAAGUUGCCCCGACUGCCCAGCCUCAACCCACCGGGAAACAAGAACCUGUGGAUUAGGACGGCUUUGUUUGAAAAAGUGCUGGACAAGAUCGUCCUCUACCUGGUGGAGAACAGCAGUAAAUAUUAUGAGAAAGAGGCAAUCCUUAUGGACCCAGUAGAUGGACCCAUCCUUGCAUCAUUGUUAGUCGGACCUUGUGCUUUGGAGUACACAAAGAUGAAGACAGCCGAUCACUUCUGGACAGACCCAUCAGCUGAUGAGCUGGUUCAGAGACAUCGGAUCCAUAGUGGCGUCUGCAGGCAGGACUCUCCUACGAAGAGACCUGCGUUGUGUAUCCAGAAGCGACACUCCAGCAGCAGCAUGGAUGAGCGACCGUCGCCGUCUCCGUCAGCUCGUGAAUAUGUGGAGUCGCUGCAUCAGAACAACAGGGCCACGCUGCUGUUCGGCAAAAACAACGUGCUCGUGCAGCCGAGGGACGACAUGGAGGCUAUCCCAGGUUACCUCUCUCUGCACCAGACGUCUGACAUCAUGACGCUGAAGUGGACUCCUAAUCAGCUCAUGAACGGCUCUGUUGGAGACUUGGACUAUGAACGCAGCGUAUACUGGGACUACGCCAUGACCAUCCCCUUGGAGGAAAUAGUUUAUUUGCAUUGUCAUCAGCAAGUGGACAGCGGGGGGACGGUGGUGUUGGUCAGUCAGGACGGGAUCCAGAGACCUCCAAUCCGCUUCCCCAGAGGAGGCCAUCUGCUCCAGUUCCUGUCCUGCCUGGAGAACGGCCUGCUCCCUCACGGUCAGCUGGACCCUCCGCUCUGGUCCCAGAGGGGAAAGGGAAAGGUGUUUCCUAAACUGAAGAAGAGGGUGCCUGUGGGAUCUGGAUCCUCGGACUCCGUAUCAGACAAGGAGGAGGACGAGGCUACAGACUAUGUCUUCCGCAUUAUUUUUCCUAACAGCCAGUCAGAAUUUGUGACUCCUCCAGAUCUAGAUCAAGGAGCGGUGAUGUGGCACCCGUCUCUCAGGAAGUCUUUGUGCUCCUCCUGCUCUCAGGGGACUUGCUCUGAUGGGACCACGCACAAGGGGUGCAACCACGAGAGGGCUCCCCUGAAGCUGCUGUGUGACAACAUGAAAUAUCAGAUCAUCUCCAGGGCGUUUUACGGAUGGCUGGCGUAUUGUCGUCACCUGUCCACCGUGCGUACGCACCUCUCCGCUCUCGUCAACCACACCAUCGUGGCGCCCGACGUGCCCUGCGACGCCACCCAAGGGCUCAGCGAAGACGUGUGGCAGACGUUCCUCCAGGACAGCACUACCUGCAAGGAACAGGAGCUUCUCCGUUUGGUCUACUUCGGUGGCGUGGACCCGUUGCUGCGUAAGGAGGUGUGGCCCUUCCUGCUGGGUCAUUACCAGUUCGGGACAUCUGAGGCUGAGAGAAAGGAGGUGGAUGACGAAGUCCAGGCCUACUACCAGCAGACGAUGGAUGAGUGGCUGGGUUGUGAGGAGAUUGUUCGCCAGCGAGAGAAGGAGCAGCACGCUGCGGCGUUGGCCAAGUGUUCUUCUGGGGCGAGCAUGGACAGCUCCAGUCAGAGGAUGACCCAUCACGACUCCACUGUGAGCAACGAGUCCCACUCCUCUCAGAGCUCUGAUAGGCAGAGUCUUCCUCGCCUGCAGAGCGACUCCAGCAGCAGCACGCAGGUGUUUGAGUCCGUGGAAGAGGUGGAGCAGAUAGAAAUGGAGUCCAAGAGCGAAGAAGCCAAACAGGUGCCGAAGAUGCCCAACGGAGCACUACAGAAUGAAACGAACUCACCCGACUCAGGGCAUCCUUCGUCACGAAACUUCUCCAUCACCUCCGGCCUGUCAGAUGGCUCCUUCAGCACAGAGGACAGCUCUGCACAUGAUGCAAGCCAGAGAUGCACAGCUGCGUCUCAUGCAUCGCAGAGCUCAGCCAAACCCGCAGAGGGAGAAGGUGACGCGCCGACAACAGAGAGCCGGGUGAUGAGUGAAGAGAAGGGCAAAGGAGAGGAAGAGAAAGCAUGUGGUGAGGUCAAGAUGGUGGAAAAAACUAAAACUGAGACGAUUUUUGACAAAUCAGAUAAAGGAGAGACACAUUUGCUGCCUGGAGCACAGGAAAAUGUUGAGUCAGAGACAACGGUUCAGAAGAACAUGAAACAAGUUAAAACUCCAGAGUCUGGAUCAGGAAAAGAAACUAGAACAGCUCCAGCAGCUGCUGCACCGCCCAAAGGAGAGCACAUUAAACAAAGUCCUCCAAAAAAGGUGGUGGUGAAUGUGGACGUAGAUCCUGGGCCUGAGGAGAAGAAUGUGAAAAAGAUGAAGGAAGUGGACAAAUCAAAGACGAGUACAGAAGUUUCACAGGAACAUUUCAAAGCUGCCGAGGUGGGAAAGAACCUGGCUUUGUCUGCAGACACCAGAGGAGCCCGCUGUGAGACUCAAGCCAUGACUGAUUCAGACGAGUCUCCGUCAGCCAUAGAGAUGGAGGAAAUCCCCAAAGCUAAAGUCUCCAUGGCGCCUUGGAGCAGGAAGGGACAUUGUGAGACUCCCCCCUUUCCUGUGGAUUCACGGCUGAAGCAGGAGGAGAAGUUCAGUCCAGAGGGAACCGAGUCCAUUCUCUCAGAGCCGGAGAUGGAGAGCCUUUACCCCCCGUUUGAUGACAGCAUGAAGAGCGACAUGAGCUCUCAGGACUCAGCUGGAAGCCCUUACACUCAAGACCUACUGGAUUUAUACACUCUAAACCUGCAUCGCAUCGAAAAGGACGUCCAGCGCUGUGACAGAAAUUACUGGUACUUCACCACCGCCAACCUGGGGAAGCUGCGAAACGUUAUGUGCAGUUACAUCUGGAGGCAUCUCGACAUCGGAUACGUGCAGGGCAUGUGUGACCUGCUGGCUCCACUUCUAGUCAUCCUGGAUGAUGAGGCCAAAGCUUUCAGCUGCUUCAGCAAACUGAUGAAGAGAAUGAAUCAGAACUUUCCACACGGGGGGGCAAUGGACACUCACUUUGCAAACAUGCGCUCUCUCAUCCAGAUUCUGGACUCUGAGCUGUUCGAGCUAAUGCACCAGAAUGGAGACUACACCCACUUCUACUUCUGCUACCGUUGGUUUCUCCUAGACUUCAAACGAGAGCUGGUGUAUGAUGAUGUGUUUGCAGUCUGGGAAACCAUCUGGGCAGCCAAGCACGUCUCCUCCGGUCACUUCGUCCUCUUCAUCGCUCUGGCGCUGGUGGAGCUGUACAGGGACAUCAUCCUGGAGAACAACAUGGACUUCACAGACAUCAUUAAGUUCUUCAACGAAAUGGCGGAGCACCACAACAUCAAACAGACGUUAACCUUGGCCAGAGAUUUAGUCUGCAAAGUGCAAAUGCUUAUAGAGAACAAGUGAUUGUUGCUUUUGUUUGGUCCUUUUGUUCCCUUCCAUGUUAAAUGUAAAUGACUGUAGUAGCACACACACACACACACACACACACACACACACCGCCACACACAUACACACGCACACACUGGCGCUACACAAAGCCUUUACAGUCACAGUUUGCUGCUAUGAGCCUUACUGCCUGUGUGGUAUACCUGUCUGAGUGCACUUAAUGUUUUAACAAGUUCUAGCUGCACAUUUCAAGCCAAACAUUCAAACAGAGACUAUAUUUAUGUGGAAAAUAGAUUGCUAUAAAUUAUUUUAAUAUCCCACUAGUUGAAAAAGUCGUGAGUUAUCUUCCAAGCUCCUGUUCCCUUAACAAAGGAAGGAUUGUUUGAUAUUCUACACAUAAAUCCGAUUCCGUAUCACAGAAAUGUAACCCAAGCUCAAGGUACUUCAUACACUGUAAAUUUAAUAUCAAUUACCUUUGAGCUGUGAUUUAAUACUCAAAAGUGUUCAUGAACUGCUUUGUCUGUCAAACUAGUUUGUCUCAUUCUGUAUGAAGUCUUGUGUCCUCAGAGAAAAAUGCCUGGAUUAUGUUACCACUUGUAAAAUUAUAAUCUUUGGAUGUCUGGGCAUAAAAACAAGCUUAAUGUCAUGAUCUUUACAAGUUGUUUUACAUUAUUAAGUGAACUUCUGUAAAUGACGUAAAUGGUGCAUUUUACUCACCUGGAUUUUUGUUUUGUCUCGUAUCGUCUGGUGACCGCUGGUUUAACCGGAUUUUGAGCAUUUGGUGGCGUUUAAUCUAAGUCACCAAAUGAACACUGCUUUUGUUUUCUGUUUAUUCUGAUUAUUAAGCGUGCUCUAAAGAGAAAGUUAGAGAUAAAUAUUUUCAAAAAGAACUGCAGACAAUCUGAUGGUACGAGAAGUGGUUUUAAUGUUUUGUCGUUUUUUUAAACAGACAAAAAUUUGAUCUGUGUUCAUCAAGUGUUUCAUGAAUGUAGUUUAAUUAUGUUUAUUAUGAGUGUUUCUCAUUGAAACUGCUGCCUGUUAGCCCGUUUUAAACUUAUUGUAACAUUUAAAUGCCAAAGUAUUUAUUUAUUUAUUUAUUUAUUCAUAAUUAUUUCAUGUUUUCUUUGUAAAGCUGAUAUUUUUAUUUUGUGCCCAGUUCUAUGUGUGCAUUGUUAAACAAUCAAAUUCUAUACAAGUAGUUCACAUAUAUACAUACAUACAUACAUAGCCUCUAUAUUAAAUGGUAUAUGUUCUUAUAAUAAAAAAUUAAAAUGGAAUCAUUAUUUUUCCAAAA